CCCACACAGGGAGUGGCUAGAAACGGAAGACUGAAACAAACCUAAAACAACAAGUGCGUUAUGUGACUUGUCCAAGAUGAUAUUAUUUUUAGGCAGUCUUUUCUUCUGGAACAUUCCUUCAUUUGCAUUUUCAGCAUCCCAGCCAAAAAUAAACUGCCUUAUCAUAAAUCUGGACUAUGUUAAUUGCACGUGGAGUGAGAAUGAGCACAGUUACAGUUUCAAGAGCAUGUUUACUCAUAGCCAAAUUCUGGAGUGUUCUAAGUAUCUCCAGAUUAAAGGUGUUAACGUGGGCUGCAUUUUGCCCUUCGACAAAUCACAACGGUUUAAUGUUUUCAACACAUGGCUGUACAGUGACAACGGCAGUUUGGUGACACAGCAGCAACAUGACAUGAUUAAAUCUGUGAAGCUUUACCCUCCAUUCAACCUGUCCGUGGUGGAGAAAAAAGAUGCUGAACUGUGGUUGUACUGGAAUAUUACAAGGAACGUCUCCUGCACUGAGAGUCAAAUUCGUUACAGGACAGAAAACAAUGCCUGGAAGAAUACCAAUCCAGGCAAGAGGAACUCCUUCAGUUUGCCUUUUCCCACAAAAAAGCGGUAUGAGUUCCAGGUCAGGGCUCGAAUAGAGAAUUCAUGCGGAGAGUCCAUGUUUUGGAGCGACUGGAGUAAGCCUGUCUACUGGGGAUCUGUAAAGGCCAACAAUAACACCGAGAUUCUGAUUAGCAUGUCUGUGACGUCCCUGGUGCUGUAUAUAGCAGUACCCACAGGAAUUCUCAUCACACUCUCUUGCUUGCUCGUCCAUAAUGAGAGGUUAAGAAUCAUUUUAAUACCAGUGGUGCCAAAUGCAGGACGAAAUGUAAGCAAUUACCUUACAGGACUUUUUGACAAUUAUGAUGGCAAUGUUGAGAAAUGGCUGUCCAUGCCUAAAGAUCUGGAGAAUGGCUUCAAACCCAAUUUCACGGAGCGUGCCUGCCCUGUGCGCGAGUACAUUAUAGUGUCCCAGUCCAGCACUGACAGCGAAAGCAUCCUGUCAAACCCAACAGACCUGUCAUCAGAUUGUGAGUGCAUGCAUAGCUACUCAUCAACCUCCACCAUACCUGGAUCAGCCGAAACCCCACGAACCCAAGAUUUAUCGCAAGUGGAUAUUCCAGUCUAAAUCUUCAUCUUGAUCUGUGGCAAUUAAAUGUCUUUGAAAUUUAGAUUCGAAAUUACAAUCUUGAUUGAAAAGAAAAAUAUUUCCAUCUGAAAAAGGGGUUUUGCAUGUGUUACAUGAUGAAUCUCAGUCUAAUCCAAUAUUGGCAUUUUGAAACCUUUUUUUUUAUUAGUUCAAAACAAGAAAUGAUGAAGAUUCAAUAGCAUUUUCUUUUUUACGUGUAAGCUGGGUAAUGUAGUGUUUGUAAUUGAAAUAGUGUUUUUUUUUUUGUACGAGUCACAUAGUUUGGAGUUGGUUUUUCUUAAUAGGUCAGGUGGAGUUGUAGCAUAGUAGUUGUGUUUUAAUGUUUUUUCCUCCCAUAUUGUUUGCUCCUGUUCAGUUUAUCAAAUUGAUUUUCUUCACAGUGUUAUGAGUUGUUUUCCAUAGUAAUGUAGGUCAGAAUUCUUUAGCGUCUCUAGAAGGACUGCUUCUUUAAGAUUAGUGUUUUUGCAAGCAGUGACUGUUGUAUCAAAGUGAAAGAUGUGUCUUUGAUAACAUUUAUAUUUAGUACAAAGUAAAUUCUAGAAUCAGGUUUUUGUACUGGUGGGGAAAUCCCAUCACUUACAAACCUAUUAUCUGAUUAUUUAGCAGAGUGCUAUUUGUGAUUCUUAAUGUAGUUGCAAAU